UGACUGUGAAUGUGUUGGUGAAUGAGGAAAAUAUGCGUGAUGCAAAUGUUUACUGGUGUCAUUUGAUUUUUAUCAUUUGCUACAUUGAGAAAUGUUCUCUGGUUAAUUUUCUUGUUCAUUGCAGGUUAUGAGUUCAGGGCAAAGAGUAACAUAUGACUGCCUACAUUUUUACCGUUAAUCAAGUUAUUAUGAAGGGCCAAGAAAAUUCUGGUGAUGUUGAAAGAGGGAUGAUUUCUAUCGACACCUCCUUCAUCUUUGAAGCAGCAAAUACUAGUAGCAUAAAGGUUAAACUCCUGAUUUCUUUUGGAAUAGAUAUGAUUACUACAUACGAUUCUCUCGGUCUUACGUUGUUAAGAAUUCUAAGAUAGUAUCGAAGUCGCUGACUAGUUUCAACUUGGUCCCCUUCCUGUUUUCUCCUAUUAUGGUUUAGGACUUUAUAAAUUUGCUGGGUUAUGCAUUCAUCUAUCUUGAUCUCUACUGAACUUUAUUUACAGUUUGUCAAUCAACAUGAAGCAGCCAGUAGCAAUAUCCUUAAGGGUGACGUCAAUCCACAAUCACUCGGCAUUGGUGGCUUGGGUGAACAGUUUGCAUAUAUAUGUCGAAGAGCCUUGCUAUCUCGUUUUGUCCCUCUUCAGAUGUUUCACAAGUAAUAAAAUUUGGAUAUCAACUUAUCAAAACAGAUGUUAUGUGCAUUAUAUAUAUGCGCUGCUCUCUGUUGACAAAUGUCAAUGUGGUAAUCUAGGUUGGGGAUUAACCAUGUGAAAGGCUUGCUGCUUUACGGACCUCCUGGAACAGGAAAAACUCUGAUGGCUAAUCAGAUCGGGAAAAUAUUGAAUGGAAAGGAACCUAAGGUGGAUCUAGCUUAGUUGCAUUUCAUUUGUUUCUGCUGCGAGGUUUUGCUGCUUUGCAAUCACCUAUGUGGAACAAAAAGUUUUUUUUAUCUACAUAAUUUAGGAGCUUUCCAUUGACGAAACCAAUGAACUUGCUGAGACGUUUCCCUCUUUCAAUGGAAUCCGUUCCAGGUUGUUCGUGGCCUGAUAUCGUUAGUGAGAUGGUUGGUAAAACUGAAAAGAAUAUUAGAGAUCUGUUUGCAGAUGCCGAAAAUGAUCAACGGAAGCGUGGUGAUCAAAGUAAACAUCAUGUGAUAAUCUUUGAUGAAAUUGAUGCUAUAUGCAAGAUGGGAGGAUCAACAAGGGCUGCUGAAGUAGCUCGUCACCGCAUCGUACAGCAGUUGGCUACAAAGAUGGAUGGUAUGAAGGCGCUGAACAAUAUCUUGCUUAUUGGAGUGACCAAUAGAAAGGAUUUGCUCCCCGAAGAACUAUUAAGACCUGGCCGGUUCGAGCUUAAAGUGAAGUUUAGCCUUCCUGAUGAAAGUGGUCGCCUCCAGAUUCUCGAGAUUCUUACAGACAAAAUGGAGAACUCCUUUCUUGCUCCUGAUGUGAACCUUCAGGAGCUUGCUGCUCGCACAGAGAAGUAUAGUGGUGCAGAGCUUGAAGCUUUGGUGAAUAGUUCUGUGUCGUGUGCUUUCAACAGAGCGUCAAGUGUCCAUCCGACGAAGAUGGGUUUUGAUGAAGAGAGUUUUAAAAUCACAAUGGAAGAUUUCUUGCAUGCACUGCACCCAUUAGCGGUCCAGGCCUAGUGGAAUGAUGGUUUUCCAUUCCCAUUAUGAAAUCUUGUCCCAUGGUUGAAAGUAGGUGAUAGAAACAGCGGAUUUUUUCAUCAAAUGGCAAACUAUAGAAGGAAAUUCAACCACAUUGGUUGAAUUAAAAUCAAUUGGGAGCUUGCUAACAGAGAAGAGGCUGUUUCGCAGGACAUUCUUAGCUUCUGUCAGAAUCUCUCUCAGGAAGAUAUCGUUGACAGCCCUUUUCCAGGCGUGUUCAUUGACGAACAACUAGGGGUCGUUUGCUUGUUGGAUUUGAAAAAUAAGGGUUUUGUCCAAUAAAAAUCUUGGGGUUUAUGUUGGAUUUGGCAAAAUUCAUCUGUGUAGCCAAAACUUUGACGUUUGUGACAAUAACAGCCACUUUUGAGAAAAUAUCAAUAAUAGUCAAAAUUUUAAAAGUUUGAUGACAAUAAUAGCCAUUUCAGUUACAUAGUUUAACGGCGUCAGUGACACCGUUAGUCAAAUUAACGGAAUGAUGAUCUGGCUGCCAACUCACCUUCUCUUUCUUUUCCACCUCAACAUUCACUGAUAGCUAGGCGACACGUCAUUUACAAAAGUAAAAAAAAAAAUCGUUUAAAUAUUCCAAAUGAAAAUGUUUAUCUUUUUUAUUAUUAAUUACAUAAAUAAACAAAAAAAAGGAGAUGAACUCUCCGUCUCUUAAUCCCCUUCUUCAUCUUCUCCAAUUCAACUCCCUGCCCCCUAUUCUUUCGAGAAUCAAAUCCAGUAUCUCCCAUUGAUCGACCAACGAACCAAGCGACUAGUGAACCCUGCUUCUCCAGAUCUGAUAUGUCUUCUUUGGUUCUUGUUCUUCGACGAACGAAACUCAAACACAAACAAGGCUGAAAACGACCAUCCAGAGCUUUUACCUUCAAGAUCCUGCCGCUUAUGCCGUCCGCGUCGCCUCCGACCGGGUAAUGCGGUGGGUUUCUAAAACAUUAGUUAAAAUACACUUGGUACUAUUUUUUUCAAGAAUUCUCAGUUGCCACACCAGCACCAUCCACAUUCAUGCAUGCGCUUUUGAUCUAAAUUCUCACGGGCUUCGCUUUGGGAUAUAAAUCAAGAUGACUUCUUAUUUGGAUUCUUACAAUAACUUAUCCUUUUCACCUCAAAAUGCGUCUUAUCGGUUAAUGCUGAUAUUUUUUUCUUAUGAACCAUGAAUUUCUUUCAUACUUUAUCGAUUUGGAAUUUUCCUAAAAUAUUACACUACUACGUACAUCUAAAGGAAUUUCAUUUUUCUAUUAUUAUUAUUAGGUUUUGUUGUUUCUUUUCUAACAAACAUAAACAACACAUUUUCUUCUUCAUAAAUAUCUUGGUCUAAACUUUUGUGCCCAUGGCUCUGCUGUACACACACUUCUAAGUUCAUUCGUCUCCAUCCAUAAAAAAAAUGUUUGCAACACAGUCUUCUAACAGUUCAAUGCUUUCAGAUAAUUAUUGCUAUGAUGCUCCCAACACUUGAAAUGGUUUAUGAAAUAAACAUUUAGACACUACCUAUGUGAUUGUGAUUUGUUAAGUGCAUAUGCUUCGAAAAAGACCAAAAAAUUGUUAAUGCUCUAAGCACUCAUGAGAACAGAAGGUGUCUAUGGCUAAAAGCAACACAACAAUGAGAACUAUAAAUAUUUAAGAGUUUU